CCUUCAUCACUGCGCACAUCCCCUACGGUAGUCUGACCGGAUGAGCUACCCGGUGGACACGAUAGGGAGUCCCUUCAGGAGAGUUAUGGAUACUAGAACGACCGGCUACGGCUACAGCCGCUCCAGCGGCACCCCCUCCAGCGGCUUUCGAUCCCAGUCCUGGUCCCGGGCCAGUCCCGGCUCCACCAUGACCACGUCCUACAAGAGGAGCGUCAAUAUGCCGGUGUCCCGGGCAUACAGCUCGACAGUGCUCAGCUCCGCCGACAGCGUUGAUUAUAGUCAAACCUCCAUCCUGAACGGAGACUACAAGCGAUCUAACGAGAAAGAGCAACUUCAAGGGCUCAACGACCGGUUUGCUGUUUACAUUGACAAGGUGCACUACCUGGAGCAGCAGAACAAGCAGAUCGAGGAUGAGAUCCAGGCACUGCGGCAGAAACAGGUGUCACGCACCCAGCUGGACGACCUCUACGACCAGGAGCUGCAGGAUCUGCGCUCCAUGCUGGAGCGAAUCCACCACGAAAAGGCGCACAUUCAGCUCGACACCGACCACAUCGAGGAGGACAUCCAGCGGCUCAGGGACCGCUUUGACGAAGAGGCUCGCAUCCGGGAGGAGACGGAGGCCAUCAUCCGUGUCCUGAAGAAGGACUCGAGCGACUCGGAGUUGGUGAAGUCUGAGUUGGAGAAGAAAGUUCAGUCGCUGCAGGAUGAGAUCGCCUUCAUCCGCAACAACCACGAGGAAGAGGUGAGCGAGCUCAUCGCCCAGAUCCAGGCGUCUCAGGUGACGGUGGAGAGGAAAGACCUCCAGAAGGCGGACAUCACCGAGGCUCUGCGGGAGAUCCGCUGCGAGCUGGAGGGCCACUCCAACCAGAACCUGCAGCAGGUGGAGAACUGGUUCAUGUGCCGCUACGCCAAGCUCACCGAGGCUGCGGAGCAGAACAAGGACGCCAUCAAGUCCGCCCGAGAUGAGAUCGCCGACUACCGCCGCCAGCUGCAGUCCAAGACGGUGGAGCUGGAGUCCGUCCGCGGAACGAGAGACUCGCUGGAGAGGCAGCUGAACGACAUCGAGGACCGCCACAACAGCGACCUGGCCAGCCUGCAGGAGACGAUUCACCAGCUGGAUAAUGAGCUCAAGAGCACCAAGUGGGAGAUGGCUCGCCACCUGCGCGAGUACCAGGACCUGCUCAAUGUCAAGAUGGCCUUGGACAUCGAGAUUGCUGCAUACAGGAAACUCCUCGAGGGUGAGGAGACCCACUUUAGCACUUUCCCUUAUCGCCAGGCGGUCACCUCCACCAAAAUCUCCAAGCCCAAAUCAGAGACCUCCAAGCUUAAGGUGCAGCACAAGUUUGUGGAGGAGAUCAUCGAGGAGACGAGGGUGGAGGACGACAAGGGCGAGUUAGACGCCGACCUGGCAGAGAUCGCACAGGAGCUGUCUGCCGCGGAGGGAGGAGACGAGGGAGAGGAGGGAGAGGAGGGAGAGGAGGAAGAGGGAGGGGAGGAGGAAGGUGGCGAGGGGGAGGGAGAGGGAGAAGAGGCAGAGGGCGAGGGGGAAGAGGGAGAAGGUGAGGAGGGCGGAGAGGAGGAGGAAGUUGUAGCCGCCACUGAAGCCAAAGUUAGCGCUAGCGCACCCGCUAAGGAGGAGGAGGAGGAGGAGGAUGAGAAGGGCGAUGAGGGCGAGGAGGGGGAGGGAGAAGGCGGCGAGGAGGGAGAGAAGGAAGAGGAAGGUGAGGGAGAAGGAGAGGGCGAGGAUGAGGGAGACAAAGGAGGUGACGCAGAGGGAGGCGACGAAGAAGGAGGAGAAGAAGGAGGAGAAGGGGAGGAGGUAGAGGAGACGGUGCUGUGCUCCAAAGCUCCAGAGUCUAAAGCCUCUCCUGACAAAGAGAAGGCCGGAGACAAGGAGGGCAGCGGAGGAGAGGAGGAGGCUGCUGCCGAGGAGGAGGGUGGAGAUCAGGAGGAGGACGCAGGCAGUGACAAAGCAUCCAAAAGCGGAGACGAGAAAGAUGACAAAGACGAGAAAGAUGACAAAGAGGAUGCAGACAAAGGCAAAAAGGAAGAUGAGAAGAAGGCAAAAGAUGAGAAAGCAGAUGACAAAUCAGAGAAAGCUGUAGCCCAGGCAGAAGCUCCGAAAACAGAAGCUGCAAAGCCCGAGGCCGCCAAGGAGGAGGCUGCCAAAACAGAGGGAUCUAAACCUGAGUCUCCAAAGUCUGAAUCCCCAAAGCCUAGCUCCCCCAAGUCUGAAUCCCCCAAACCCGAGUCUCCUAAAUCUGAAUCCCCCAAACCUGCUUCUCCUAAGUCUGAAUCCCCCAAAGAAGGCUCACCAAAGGCUGCGUCCCCUAAACCUAGCUCCCCAAAAGCUGAGUCCCCAAAGUCCGAGAGCCCAAAACCAGAGGCUCCAAAGGCCGCUGAAGAAAAGUCAGAGAAGAAGAGCGACGCAACAGAAGAGAAGAAGGUAGAAAAGAAGGAUGUGGCCAUGAACGGCGACGUGGACAAGAGCAGCCCAGAGGAGAAAGAGAAGAAGGACGAGGGGAAGGAGGCUGACGUGAUCGCUAACGGCGUGGACGAGAGCCCCGUCAAGGAAGAUGGCAGCCAGAAGGUGGUGAUCACCAAGACGGUGGAGACCAUCACCACCGGAGAGGACGGGUCCAAGCACGUCACCAAGUCCGUCACCGUGACAGAAACGGUGAAGGAGGUGGAGGAGAUGCUGCAAGAGAAGGUGGUCUCCACCAAGAAGCUGGAGAAGCACUCCACCCAGUCCAUCAAGCAGGUCACCGAGGGCGAAUGAGCGGACUCCAAAACAGCUGAUGGGCCGGACGACGCGGAGGGGCAGCGAGGAGGAGAGCAACACGACAAGCAAUCAAUCCAGAACUAACAUAACAAAGAAAAUCAUACAGCUAGAGCGAUGUAAUAAAGAUAACCACUCU